GCAUCUUGGGCUGCUUUCACCAAAAUAAGCUGCAUGCUGGGAGCGCAGGCCACGGUUAUGUGCUCGGUCUAUUAAUAUUAUUACAGUAAUGAAAUAGCUGUUAUAUGACGACCACAGAACGGGCUUCUAAAAUCCUGUGCUUUGCAAUAAUGGUCACGUCUACUGCUGCUUAACAGGCAGCUGGAUAUAAAGCGCUAUUAGAAUGGCGGAGGCAGAAGGAAUCAGCAGUGCCACUCCCACAGAGGAGAUGAAUGGUGCUGGGAACCUGAUGGACUUCCUAGACGAGCCCCUCCCUGAUGUGGGCACGUAUGAGGAUUUCCACACCAUCGACUGGCUUAGGGAGAAAUCCAGAGACACUGACCGUCACAGGAAGAUUACAAAUAGGAGUAAGGAGUCUAUAUGGGAGUUUGUGAAGAGUCUUCUGGAUGCCUGGUCAGGAUGGGUGGUGAUGCUGCUCAUCGGACUUCUGUCAGGUACUCUGGCUGGUGUGAUCGAUCUGGCUGUGGACUGGAUGACUGACCUUAAAGAGGGAGUAUGUCUGUCUGCAUUCUGGUACAGCCACGAGCAGUGCUGUUGGACGUCUAACGAGACCACCUUUGCAGACAGGGACAAAUGCCCCCAGUGGCAGAAGUGGGCCGAGCUGAUGACUGGACACACUGAGAGUGCUGGGGCUUAUGUGUUGAACUAUUUCCUGUACGUGUUGUGGGCAUUGUUCUUCUCCUUUCUGGCUGUAUCUCUGGUCAGAGUGUUUGCUCCAUAUGCAUGUGGAUCAGGAAUACCUGAGAUUAAGACGAUCCUGAGUGGGUUUAUAAUCCGUGGUUACCUGGGAAAGUGGACCCUGCUUAUUAAGACGGUCACUCUGGUCCUGGCUGUGUCUUCUGGACUCAGUCUGGGAAAGGAAGGCCCAUUGGUCCAUGUGGCCUGCUGCUGUGGCAACCUCUUCUGCAGCCUCUUCUCCAAGUACAGCAAGAAUGAGGGCAAACGCAGAGAGGUUUUAUCUGCUGCUGCAGCUGCUGGAGUAUCUGUGGCGUUCGGUGCUCCGAUAGGAGGAGUGCUUUUCAGCUUAGAGGAGGUGAGUUAUUACUUUCCUCUGAAAACUCUCUGGCGCUCCUUCUUCGCCGCCCUGGUCGCCGCCUUCACUCUGCGCUCCAUCAACCCUUUUGGGAACAACCGGCUGGUGCUGUUUUAUGUGGAGUACCACACGCCGUGGUACAUGGCUGAGCUGGUGCCCUUCAUCCUCCUGGGUGUUUUUGGGGGCCUGUGGGGGACGCUGUUCAUCCGGGGCAACAUUGCCUGGUGCCGUAGACGCAAGACUACCCAGCUGGGGAAGUACCCUGUGCUAGAGGUGAUCGUGGUGACCGGGAUCACGGCUAUCCUGGCCUUCCCCAACCCUUACACACGGCGCAGCACCAGUGAACUCAUCUCAGAGCUGUUUAACGACUGCGGAGCGCUGGAGUCCUCCCAGCUGUGCGAUUAUAUCAACAACCCCAACAUGAGCCGCCCAGAGGACGAUAUCCCAGACAGACCAGCCGGCCCAGGGGUCUACAUGGCCCUCUGGCAGCUAGCUCUGGCACUUAUCUUUAAGAUAGUCAUCACUAUCUUCACCUUUGGCAUGAAGAUCCCAUCUGGGUUGUUCAUCCCCAGCAUGGCUGUGGGUGCUAUAGCUGGCCGCAUUGUGGGCAUUGCUGUGGAGCAGAUGGCCUACCACCACCAUGACUGGAUCAUUUUUAAGAACUGGUGCCGUCCUGGCGCAGACUGCGUCACCCCUGGCCUCUAUGCUAUGGUGGGGGCCGCAGCAUGUCUUGGUGGGGUUACUCGGAUGACUGUGUCUCUAGUGGUCAUCAUGUUCGAGCUGACCGGUGGACUCGAGUACAUUGUGCCACUCAUGGCUGCUGCAGUCACCAGUAAAUGGGUGGCGGAUGCUUUUGGUAAAGAGGGCAUUUACGAGGCCCACAUCCGGUUGAACGGCUACCCCUACUUGGACCAGGACGAGUUCACACACCGGACGCUGGCCACAGACGUAAUGCGGCCACGCAGGAACGAGCCUCCGCUGUCUGUCCUCACACAGGAUAGCACUACCGUGGAGGAUGUGGAGACGUUAAUCAAGGAGACGGACUACAAUGGCUUUCCCGUGGUGGUCUCGCGAGAGUCAGAAAGGCUUAUUGGCUUUGUCCAGCGCAGGGAUCUGAUCCUUGCUAUCAAAAACGCCCGUCAGAAGCAGGAUGGAGUGGUGAGUAACUCUGUGGUGUACUUCACCGAGGAUGCCCCCCAGCUGCCAGCCUCUAACCCACAGCCGCUGAAGCUGAGACGCAUCCUGAACCUCAGCCCCUUCACUGUUACUGAUCACACGCCCAUGGAGACUGUGGUGGACAUCUUCCGCAAGCUUGGCCUGCGCCAGUGCCUGGUCACUCGCAGUGGGCGGCUACUUGGAAUCAUCACUAAGAAGGAUGUGCUUCGACACAUGGCCCAAAUGAUGAAUCAGGACCCUGAGUCGAUCAUGUUCAACUAAAGUCUAUCUUGCUCUCUGAUGCUUCACUGGUGCAGGCUGUUGACCUCACUUCCUGAACCCUAAAGACUGAUCAUGUAAAUAGUGCAACACUACUGUAACUUAAGUAUUCACCCCUGUAGUACAGUAAUAGAAUAUUGUUGUGUGUUUUGGGCCAAACAAGAUCAAACUGAAAAACUAGGACAAAGAGAAAGGCAACUGUUUGAGGCAAACAGGGAAUUAGUUGGUAAAGUAAUAGAAUUUUUUCCUUAAUAGUCUCUAACACGUCAUAUAAGCCAUUUUGUUAGGUCUCUUUUUUUCAGCUCCUCAAGAGAAGCAUAAACGCACAGAGCGGACUGCAUCAAAAGCAGGAUAGAAAAAAAUCCAACUGUAGUAUGAAAAAAUUCAUUAAGAGGCAACAGUUCUUUGUUGUCUUAUUGAAAGACAAAAAAGUUGGGUGUGUAUGAGGUUCACAUGACCUUAUUCUGAUUUCCCGUUAGCGUAGCCUCAGAGAGUUGCCAGUGUAUCAGUUGCAGAAAGGUGUGCUUGAAGUCACUGUAACUCUUGCUGAUCUACCUGCUGCUGCCAUAUUUAUUUUUUACUAAUGUUAAUCAUUAGAUUUUGCCAUUAGCUUUGAAAUACUCCCUGUUAUGAGGGACUGUAAAAGGGAUGCGUAUAUUUUAGUUUUACUAAAACAACUGCUGUUACGUGCACUGGUACGCCACUCUUCACCGAUGGUAUUCUGCGGGAUUUACUUACAGAAUAAAGCACUUGUUCUGUAAGUAUGUAAGUAAUCAAUAUGUUACCCACUUACAGACUGUAAAACAUCGAAAAGAAAUCGAAAUGAAUAAGAAAGGCUGAACUACUUGUCAGUACUGUUAACGUGGCAGUGGUUCUGCCUUAAAUAUAAAAACACUCACAGCAUUGUGCUGCUCUAUUAAUUUAAUGUGAAUAUUUAUUUAAAGCCAGAACAGGAAUGAUUAUAUUUAUUCUAUUGUCUGUUACCUGAUUUCCGUGAUUUCUUUUUUGUGUGAAUGGACAGUUUUUUUUAAAUGUACAAAUUAUGCAUUUUCUCACUACUAAAAUCUAUAUGAAAAAGGAAGAGUUGUGUUAAAACAGUAAACGCUUCAUUGUUUUAAUUGCCAGCCAUAUGCUAACACCACUUAUUCAUUAAGUGGAAUCAAAUAAUUCUGCAAUGGUAAUGUGAACAAAAAUGAAAGAAAAAACAAUCAAUUGAAUUUUGUUCAAUGACCAAUAAAUCAUUAAAACAGA